AUGAGCCAGAUAGUACGAUAUUUAUUGUAUGCUUUAUUGAUUGUUAAGUUUUCUCCAAGUUUUCAACGGGAUAUAGAAAUAAAAAAUGAAAAGUGCCGAGUUUGCAACUUCCUAGUUUCCACCUUCGAUGAGGGUCUCAAAAAGACUGCCCGGCAACAUUUUGCUGGAGGUGACACAGCAUGGGAAGAAAAAAAUCUUGGAAAAUAUGCGACAAGUGAAACAAGACUUAUCGAAGUUCUAGAGGGCGUCUGCAAACGUGCCAGUCUUCCAAAUAUGGACAAGUUCACAGGAAUCAGCGAUAUUGAAUUCAAAUGUGCCACAAGACUGGAAGAAAAUGAGGAGCUCAUUGAGGAUUAUUAUUACAAAAGACAGGACGUUAGUUUGUCCGCCUGGUUGUGCAUAGAUAAUCUCAAAUUGUGUUGCCCUGAAGGUCAUUUCGGGCCGCAGUGUGAUAAAUGUCCAGGUUUGGCUGAAAAUGGCACCGCGUGCGCUGGACGAGGAAAAUGCCAUGGAAAUGGAAGCCGAGAAGGAAGCGGCAAGUGUAGAUGCGAUGACGGAUACAGUGGAAAUCUGUGCAGACACUGCGAUGCUGGGUACUUCCAAGUUGAAAACGAGCAAGGAAAAGAUAUUACUUGCAAAAAAUGCUACGAAGGGUGCUUCGGAGUCUGUAAUUCAGAAGGACCAAAAGGAUGUACAAAGUGCAAAAAUGGAUGGAAAUUAGAUGAAAUCGAGGGAUGCAUAGAUAUUGACGAGUGUCAAAAUUCCGACGCAUGUAAAAAAGAAAACGAAGUGUGCGUGAAUUCAGUUGGAUCAUUCCGCUGCGACUGUGCUGCAGAUCACAAACGCGACGAUAAAAACAAUUGUGUGCUCGAUAUUGAAGCACCUCCAUAUCGAACAAUAGUGCCUCCCGAUCAGCUUCUACGCUUCAUUUCAAUGUCAUCUCUCGUUUUCAUCAUCACUUUCGUCGUCUGGUACCGAUCUCCGUUGCUCUACGUUCUUACGGCCAUCGCUGUCGUCGCACUAAUCUUAGUUGAUCUUUAUAUUACUCCACAAUCGGUUCCCGAUGAAGCGAAACGGUUCCUCGGAUACUAA